CACGCUCAAGUCUUUGAUUUUAUAGGAAAUGUCUACAAGAAAAGAUCUACAACCAUCAAAUUCAAAAUUGAAUUGUGAGAUGGAUUCUUCAAAUUCAGCUGAUAAACCUGUGAAGUUUAAUUUCACGAAGGACGGUUUAUUCACAUUCAAACGCUAUGAAACUAAUGAAGCUUCAGAACAGCAUUUAAUAUCACUUCGAAUUGGAAAUAUUCUUUUCGAAAUUAAAACACCUGAGUUGGCGAAUGAAAUUCGAAAGAUCUUGAGUUCAGCUUUGGAAAAGCAUGUAUCUAAAGAAGAAUUCCAAAAUCUGAAACGUAAUUCAAAAAUAACAAAUAAUGCUGUUUCAAUUAUUCCUGAAGCAGACUCAGCUAGUCACGAUAAUACUAAUCAACUCCCUAUGGUAUCAGAAAAUAUGGCAGUAUCAACUAAUUCUGAACAAAAGGUUAAUCUAAUGAAAAAGUUGAGUCAAUCACUUUCAGAUUCUGAGGAAGUUAAAGUUGCAAACAAAUGCAUUAAUUGCAGAAAUAAAUGUGUAUUAUUUGGUCGCAAAACUUAUAAAAAUUGUCGCUUAUGUAAAUCGUCAAAUAUUACAUUAAAAAAGAUUGAUACAUUUGGUACCUCCACGAGUUCCUUCAAUUCUAUUCCGAUAGAAAAAUCAGAUAUAACUAUUAUAUCAUCUGGGGAAGAAGAUGAUCAACCACCUGUUAUUACAAAAAUGAAUCCUCAAGUUGCAGAAGAUCAGUUAUUGCAUUUAUACUCGUCUAUUAAUAAAAGUUUUAAAAUUAAGGAUUGUCAGACUGUAUACAUUGCAAAUAAUUUCAAAACUGAACCUAUCAGUGAUAUGUUAAUUACUGAGGAUGGAGUACUUGUGACUGUAAAAUUGUGUACACCGGAGAAAGUAAAUAUUGAUUUAAAAAUAGAAAAUAUUAUACAAUUUAUGUUCUACACCGGUGAAAAUUGUGCAAUGAUCAUAAGUUAUGAUAAUAUAGCUCUUGAAAGUAUAUUAAGUGCUUUCAAAAUCAAGGAAAAUGACGAAUUUUAUGAUCAGCAUUUUAAAAGUGCCAACAGAAAUGUAAUGACAUCAUUUUUUUCUAUAAAAAAAAACGAAAAAAUAAAGUUCGAGUCAUUACUUUCUAAGUUACCUGAAGAAAAGAUAACAGUUAUUGCCAUAGACCGUGUUAUAAAAGUACUUCAAUUAUAUAACAUGGAUGAAAAGGAGAUCAAGAAAUUUGAAAAAGAAGAAUCACAUAUUACUUAUAAAUUAAGUAAGGCGAAUAAACGCCGUUCAUUGGUCUUCAGCACAAGCUUUUAUAAUUCUUUAACAAUGAAAUUUUCUAAUGAUAACGAUAAUACAUCAAAGAAAAGAUAUGAAAGAGUGAUACAAACAACUAAAAAUGUAGAUAUAUUCAAAAAAGAUUUUAUUUUUGUACCCAUUAAUGAAAAAUUUCAAUGGUUUUUGGCUGUUAUAUGUUUUCCUUACCUAUCAGAUGUAGUUACUUUUCGCGAUGAUUCACCACUCAACGUAUCAGAUAAUCUUAUUGAUGAGCAUCCACAGAAAAUAGUUGAAUUAAAAAAUGAAGAACGUUCUGAAGCUGAUCUUAAUAUUGAAGAUUUUAGGAUGUUUAUUUUGAAUACAAAAGAUAAACAAGGGAUUUAUUAUGACUCAGAUGUGAUAACUUUGAAAAAAAAAAGACGUGCACUUGUUAAACGGCCUUGCAUUUUAAUACUUGAUUCUUCAUCUGCCGGUUUUCAUCGUGCUAGAGUCACAGCCACGCUACGUGAAUGGUUACACGAAGAAUAUAUUGCUAAACACAAAGGCAAAAAAAAAGACUUUAGUUCUAAAGUCAUGAAAGGAUCUUUGGUUAAAGUACCUCAGCAACCUAAUAAUAUAGAUUGUAGUCUCUAUAUGAUUCACUUUUUAAAAAUGUUUUUUGAUAAACCGAUCAUCGACUACACUUUCCCAAUUUUUCAAUUGGAAAAUUGGUUCUUUAAGGAUGACGUGGUUAAGAAUUGCCAAAAACGGAAAGAAGUCCUGGAUACUAUCAUAUCUAGGAUGAAUGUAUAUUUGCCUAAUAAUUACGAAUUGCCAGCUAUCAAAUUCGAUGAUUUUUAG